AUGAUGAGCAUCAAGUUGAGAACGCUAUUACUUUUCCCGGCCCUUGUUGCCAGCCUUACAGCGCCAAGUAGGCUUCAGUUGUACAACUCGACAAGCUCGGGCAAUGGAACAUCACGACAACCAGCCUCUAUCGCAGAUGUCUUGCAAGUGGUCAACGCUAUUGGGGGACUUGAGGUACUGCAAGAGGUUAGAGGGUUGACGUACAAUGGUGGCCAGCUCUACCGCAGUGGCACCUUGAGCCAGACUUACACCCUCGAAUCGCUCGACCAGUCCGUAGCAACAACAGGAUCCUCGAAUAUAUCCUUCCGGUUCAACAGCUCAGGCUUGAGCUCUCGCAUCGAUCGGGAAUACGCUUAUGAUGACUACUGGGUAUGGGAGAUCCCAUCUCUACGACCGUUAGCAGACAUGUCUCUGGUAGUUCGUGACGACUCAGAGCAGUACGCUUGCUUUGUCAACGGCUCGAACAACUUCUUGUCCGACUUUCGAUCUACGCAAGGAUACACGGACGAACUGGUGACGAACUACUUGAUUCAUCAAGCCCAUCAAUAUGCUUUACCGUGGCUGCUACAGCAGUUCCUGAAGAAUGACACCGAGUUGGAGAAGUACCAGGUACAGCAGCGUUAUAGUAGGGCGACCUACGGUGCCAUUGAAAGCGCUGAACUUGGCUUGACGCUGCUCUUCGAUCUGGCGACAAAGCUCCCUUAUGCGGUGCGGUCUUUGGAGAAUCAUGUCGUCUAUGGGCCAUCGACGAGCGACUUGGUCUUUACGAACUUCCAGCCAUCUGAAAUCCGAAAUGGGUCGAGCAUCAAGCUUCCUCUCCGACUACAGACCGUCUACAACUCAAUGUAUGUCCUCGAAGACAUCCUGCUAGACUCCAUCACCGUCAACCCUGCGUUCCCAUCUGGAUUCUUUGAAGGUCACGCACCGACUCCAGAUCCGCAGAACACAGUGCAGAGACUUACUGCCGCCCAGCCCUCAUCUAGCCCCGAGUAUCCGUUGUCGGAGAUUCACGAGUGGUACGAAGCAGGAAUCUGGGCCGGUCCCUUUACAGAAAUGUACAAUACCUCGUCCAUUGUAGUCGAUUACCCAGAUCCAACCUUCAAAAACAUCAUGAAGAUAUAUGUCGGCUACAACGACUACAACCAGCUGCUCAUAGAGCACGAAACUGGAUUCAUCAUAACCGAUGCACCACCGCAUCGAUCGAAGAUCAUAAUCGAGUGGCUCAGACAGACUCGACCGGACAAGAAAAUCACCCAUGUCGUCCCGACGCACCACCAUAGCGAUCAUGCAGAUGGGUUUGUCGACUAUGUCAACGAUGGCGCAACUUUGGUGGUACCCUAUGUUGCACGAAACUACUACGGACAGGCUAUUGCACAACGAAUCAUUACAUACACUGCAGAAAAGCCCUUCGUCUUUAGGGAUAACCUCAUCGACUUUCGAUCAUACUGGUCCCCAUCCAGUCCACCACACACCGAAGACCAAGCUUUCCCGGUAGUGACAAAGGCCAAUGCCACAGACUCCGACACAUUCAUUCUUUACGAGGCUGACAUCGUCAAUCCCGGUUCGAACGCAGUGUAUUACAAGAGUCUGUACGCCUGGGACCUGCUUGUGAGAUGCAUUAAGAUUGGAAUUCCCAGGUCGGCAUUGAUUGUUAGUGCUCAUGUACAUGGGAGUAACACGACUGGUGUCAGUACGACGCAGGCAUUGACGGAGGUUGGAGAUAUUGUGGGAUUCAAGUAUCCCGAUUUGACUUUGGCAGAUUGGAGGACAUGUUUGGAUAGUGGAUGUCAAAUGUGA